GGUCCCGCUCCCUUUGCAGGCUGCUCGGUCGCGUUUAGAGCCAGCGCGAGGCUGAGCCGGCGGCACCGCGGGCAUUGCCGGGAGCGAGCCCGGCCCCCACUGAAAUUCCGGCGUCUUGAGAGAGGGGAGGAAGAUCCUCGUCUUCCGAAGCCUCCUCAAUGAGUGCCAAGCUCUCCAAGGAGUUGAGGCUGUCGCUGCCGCCUUGUCUCCUGAACAGGACGUCUGCCACCUCGAACGCCAGCAGCACCUGCAUCACGCAAGUGGGUCAGCUCUUUCAGUCUUUCUCCUCCACCCUCGUUCUCAUCGUCCUCGUCACCCUCAUCUUCUGCCUCAUCCUCCUCUCCCUCACCACCUUCCACAUCCACAAGAGGAAGAUGAAGAAGCGGAAGAUGCAGAAGGCGCAGGAGGAGUACGAGCGGGACCACUGCGCCCGCAGCAGCGGCGGCAGCCGGCACCCCGCACCGGGAGAGACCCCCCCGGAGAGAGACAGCCGCCUGGGAAGACCCCCCCGGGACUCGGAGAUCCAGCGCCCCCCCCCCACGGCAGCCCCCAGCUCCCAGCCGGCGCAGGCAGCUUUGGACACAGCUGGCGUGGGGCUCUUGCAGACGGUGAUUUUGUCAUGAUGCUUUAGGGGAGCCCGGGAGAAGGCACCUUUGUAAAUACCGGAGUGAUUAUUCUAGUCCUCAAAGAAGAAGAAAACAUUGCUAAUUCCAAUGAACGAACAAGCCCAUGAUCCAAGCGCAUGACAGAUCACAUCGCGUUUCUCAUUGACUGUGCAAGGAAAGGAUGCGUCUUUGUGCUGGAGAAGGACCUGCACGCAGCGACCAUAUACCUAGCCUGGAGGAGAGAGUCAGGGGCAGAGGUCCCUUUUCCCUAGACAUUGUUACCUCCAGGGGUGGGGUGAUCUCACUACUGGAUCCCCCCUGCCCCCAGUGUCACACUGCAUGGCGUGGCUGGGGUGUGGAGUGGGGGGAGUGGCAGGUCUGGCGGGUGCCUUGGGACCCCCCUGUCCUCUUGGAGCAGCUAUCUGUUGUGCUUGGACCUGUGCCCCUGGCCCACCCUUCUCGCUCCUCUCCAGGACUGGAUCUUGUUUUGAGUAACACCCACCCCCCCGUUGGGUUUGGGUGAACUGCAGUGCCCUGCGGCCCCAUCCUCCAGCUGCAGCUUUCCUCUCCCCCCCAGCAUCCAUCAUCUCUAAAUGCCCUCCCCAAGGCACAACCCCCAAAACCAUUGCCAUUCUGCGUGGUGGUAUGAGGUGAUACACCUCAGGGGGAAGAUGGCCUUGUUCCUCCUGGGGGUCCCAAAACAAACCCUGUUCUGCACCAGGCACCCUGCUCCAAACACGCUGCAGUUAAAGCUUCACCUCCCAGCAAGGAAUCCUGCAGCAGAACGGGGCCAGCUUCUACUUUUUUAGGCUGAUAUAUAUUUUUAUCCCUUCUAAUCUAGUAAGCAGUUAAGGACAGACAACACUUUAAAUUUCUCACCUCUCCUCUUUUGGGGAACUAACCAGGCAGUUGUGCAAAAUAUCAGCUCUUAAUGCCCAGCAGAUAUUUAUUUCGGAAGUGUGGUUUCUCCCUAGCAAACAGCAGUGGCUUUUGUCAGUGGUGGGCAGGUGCAGUGCUGCUGGUGCUGUGCAUGCUGGAGGAGCGCGGGGCAGAGUCCGGUGCAGCUUUGCUUAGCAAUUAAAUCAUAGCCCAUUCCUUGAAGGUGCCUUAACAGAGUGCCGUAUCCGAACUUUGAAACAUCUUGUGUGGUAUCAUAGCAGAGGCAGCCCUCUGCUGUGCAUAUUAACAUCUGAAAAAUACAGCAAAGGAAAAGUAAUCCCGAGGGAUUUUCUAAAUUUUUUUUUUCUCCCCCUGUAUCCUGGCAUUCGGAGUGAUGUGAUGAGGUAGCUGUAGCCCACAGGUUGUAACAUUCUGCUGUUCUCUGCCCCCUGGUGUGGCUGCUGGGUUGGAGAACCCUUGUGCAGGCAGCACAAAGGUGAAAAGAGGAAAGGGUGCCACAGUGCUCCAUAGUCCAUGGACAGCACCAAUAUGCAGGGGUUUCAAGGCAGUGCUUCUCUUAACCCUGUCUUACCCCUUUGUGAUCUUGCCUGGUGGAAAAUUCCUGUUGGGUUUCAGUGCGUGCCUCCAGCACCCAGGUGGGUGCAGUAGCAUCCAGCUCCAGGAGCUGCUCUACCAGCUGAGGUUGGUACGGAAAUGAACUUGGUGUUGGUGGUGUGGUGUGGUGGGAAUGAUGGCCGAUGCUCCCUGGUGUGACCAGAUGCUAAUGGCUACUGCUGUGUUGUUGGGCAAGGAAAUGGGCUUUGUUUUGUUUCCCCUAAUAAAGGAUGCAUGAACUUUUGUGUUUAACCUCCUUAUGCAACCGCAACACAGUAUUGCACCACAGGGAAUAGAUUUAGGACAGUGAGGAGUGUUCAGUGAACAGUAAUGGAGCUUCCUGAUCGUGAUCUCCACUAAAUAGAGAGAUAUUAUUUUCCCCUUUAUUUUGUGCCUUUUCUUAAAAAUCAGUAUAUAAUUUUGAGUUUUAUAAAAGCAAUAAGAUGUUCCAAAUCACUCCAGUGCAUUUCUGGUUGAUGGUUUUACUUCUUUAGCGUCUCUAGUCAGACACUCUUCCUUCUGCCUUAUGCACUCAAGGCAUGCAAUAAUUCCCCAGAAGUGUACUGCUUGUCACAUCUCAUUGCAGUUAUAAAAUUGCCCUAUUUUUGAGGAAAAAAAAAAGGAUGGAAAUAUAUAUAUCUUUAUACAUAUUAUGGAUAUAUAGAUAUAUAUAUUAUUUAUAUAAUCUCAUGACACUAAGAAUAGUUGCAGAAAUGUAAUGAAUUAAAAUGUUAUCAUGUAAACCUCUAUCCUCUGUUAAUUAGGUUUGAUUUAAUAUUUUAAUAUCUCUGUAUUUAUGUAAAUCUGUGUAAAUGAUGUGGUCUGUAAGUAAAAUUUCAUACUGAAUUUAAUUUUUUCAGAACUGUGAGCUUCUUGUGGUGUCAUUCAAGGUUUUGCAUUUCUAAAGUUAAAUUCUACAGGAUGUGAGAAGUUAUGAAUUCCUGUUAUCACACAGAAAUGCUGCAAUAAGGCUCAUGUGUACUCCCAGUGCAUGACCCUACCUUGAAGUAUUGCAAGCUUGUGAGGUUUCAUUGAGCGGUCUCAGGAGAUCUAGAUGAUACAAGCAGGGCACGUAGGUUUUCAUUUUCAUGAAACAAUAAGCGAUCUAGGGAAUAAAUGUGGAUUUUUAAAACAGAGUUUAUGCUUGGAGGUUCUGUCAAAUCAAUUGCUUCAAAGCCCUACAGCUACAGCUAAAUUCCUGCACUUAGCAUUCAGUAUUAAUAAGGCUGAUGCUUCUUCCCUUUCCCCUCCUACUUAAACUAGAAAAGUGUAGGAAAUUGUUCAUAUUUCUAAAGCAUACAUUUUCAGCUAACUGUGAAACUGCCCAAAGGGUUUUGAAUCUACAUAUUUUAUGCAAGUGUAAUAUCUAUGUAUCUGUAUCCAUAUAUUUAACUAUUUUUGUGUAACCUUUUCUACGAUAUUUGAUAGAGAUGCCGGGUAUGUACCAUUCUCGUACGUAAGGAAGGAUUUAUACCCUGUCAAUAUGGACAUUCUUUUUCCUGUGAACUGUUAGAAAUUUGCACUGUUUUUUUGGCAAGUUAGGAUGGAGCCUGGACAGCUGGAGAACAGACCGUCCUUCCUCUGGUGAGGUCCACAUCCUCUGCCUGGAUUUUCCCUCUUCAAAAUCAGAAUCAGGGCCUGCCGCCGACAGCAUCUUGCUAUAAGAAGGAGUGCUGUGGUGCUCACCGCCCGGCCCAGUCAUCCUGCUGAAGGAGCACGACUGCCGUUACUGGGUGCGUAGGGCUGCUCAGAAGCUGGGUCCCAAUGAGCCAAUGGUUCCUCAUCCUGCGGAACGUCCCUGGAGCUGCUGCUUAUCUCAGCUCCAGCUGAGAGCAUCCACCACCUGCAAAGGGAGCUGGAACCUGCCCAUCGUCCACACAACGGGUGGCGGCAUCCCGCAGCCCUGCUCUGUGCCCAGCACUGUGGGAAUGGGACUGUUGUGUAUGAGAGCCGGGAUCCAGAGCUGUGGUCAGCUCUGCUUUGACAGACUGAUGUGUGUGUGUGGAUCCAGUGUAUGUCGUGGGCAGGGAGAGUCAUUUCAUUCACAUGUAUCGCUCCAGCAUUUCUGCUGCGGGGGGGCUGUCUGCUGCAAAAGUAAUCUCUGAGAUGAGAUUUGCCAGCUCACCACCCAGACACGUUUUAGCUUUUGAUAACUCUCUCCCAGACAUGUAUCUGUGUAUACGUGGAUAUAUAUCUCAAAAGAUCUGCUAGACAAAAAGCAAAGAACAGAGAUUUCACCUUAUAGGCCAAAUUGUCCUUUGACUAAAUUUUUUUUUUUAAUUUUUAUUAUUUUUUCCCUUCAGUUUUCUAUUAAUUUUAAAAGCUACACUCUUCAAUGUAAAUAGCAAGUUAUUACGUGAGUAAUGUUUUCCACAGCAUUUCUGAGUAGUUGCUAUCUUGUUUUUGGAACUCUAUGCCCAGUGUUUUGAAGCAACUGUGUUUUUCUUGUUCUGUUGUUAUGAGUGCAACUUUUAUGUAGGAAGGAAAAAGAACAUGAUCUAAAUCCUUAGGACAGGACUGGAUUAUUGCAAAUCUAGUUAUGGAUCUUGGUUGCUCUUUUCUUUCUAGUAGCCAUUUUCUCUGCACGUUUGUAUUUUUUCUAUGGGUAGUUGAAACCCUACAUUUUAAUAAGUACGCAAGGUACAGAGGGUAACAUGAAAAAUGAAAUAGGAAAAUUUCUUUUUCCUCUUUUGUGUAAAUAGCAAAAUUUAUAAUGACUUAGAUACCGUUUCGUUACAGUUCUCAUCUACAUAGAAGGUGGCAUGACUCAUAUACAAACCUUUAAUAGCGUUUUACUUUUUGUUAAGAAUUAGAACUACUUUUACCCAGGACUGACUUUCUCAUCUCUUUCUGGUAUCUGACUCUUUUUUUCACUGAGGCCAAAUUUUCCAUCUGAUCACUAAAUAAAUUCCUAGUAGAACAGAGCAUCUUUCUGUUUUCAGUCUUUUACAUGUAGUUCUCUGGUCCGUAUCCAGCCAAAUUCCACAGCACAGCAAAUGUGCUAUGAACUUGUGAAGACUGGAAGGUGUAGGAGCCCUGUGGGGAGAGCUGGCUGUCCGGUGAGCACACCGGUGCAGUUCUGCCAAGGCGGAAGGGAAGCCUCCCCAUCCACUGCCUGACUGGGUGAAGGGGGAUUCCUUGCAGCCCCAGCAGACAAAUAUCAGCCUCCUUCACGACACUGUUUCUCCAAAACAUCAUUUUCUAUAUGACACUGGAUCUCAUUUUGUAAAUUACCUGUAAUAUUUCUCAUUCAUGUCAAAGCAGGCUUCAUUGUUCCACUGGUACUGUAUGUUCUCUGUGGAUAACUAGAAUCAUUUGUUUUCCAGCCCGGUACCUCCACAAGCAUCAAUUUUGUAUGAGUUAGGAAAUAAAUAUUUGG